AUGAAGUGGUCCGCUGCCGCGGGUGCGGCACUGCUCGCCCUACCGGCUCAGUCCGCAGUAACCCCCUCCCUUCCUCUCAAGCUUGAGACUCGAUCAUCACUCAACUCUCGGCUUUCCAACAUCCACGUUGAGCGUUCAGCAUCAGUCGAGGGCGCCAUCAGCUACACCUACGGUUCCUGCCAGUCCAAGCGUGAAGAAGAAUCCCACCACUCCAUCAGCCAGCCCACCGAUGCUCAUCACGACCGUCUCGUCUGGGUGAUUCCUGAAAAUGUUCAGUCCGGUGGCUGUAUCUCAGCCUGGAGCCGCGCCAACGGCCGUCUAGUCGGUCGCAGCAAGCCCCAGUCCUUCGACUUCAAGUCCAUCAAGAUGCGCCGUGACCUCAAGGCGCGCGCCACCACGCCCUCUGACUUUGUCGCCAUUCCCAUGACCACCGAUAACGGUAUCAACCCAUGGGGACCUUGGUUUGACGGCGUCAAGCUACUCGAGGACAAGGAGAUCUCUCCCGUCGACGUCGAGAAGGCCAAGAGCAAGAACAUUGCCAUCGUCGGCGCCGGCAUGUCCGGUCUGAUGACCUACCUCUGCCUGACGCAAGCCGGCAUGAAGAACGUCAGCAUCAUUGAGGGCGGCAACCGGCUCGGCGGCCGCGUGCACACCGAGUAUCUGUCUGGUGGUCCCUUCGACUACAGCUACCAGGAGAUGGGACCCAUGCGGUUCCCCGACACCAUCACCCUCGGCAACGAGACGUACAACGUCAGCGACCACCAGCUCGUCUUCCAGCUGGCCGAGGAGAUGAACAACCUGAACGGCCACUCCAAAAACCUCAGCGUCGACUUUAUCCCCUGGUACCAGUCCAACCCCAACGGCCUGUACUACUACGACGGCAUCAAGAACCCCGAGACCGGUCUUCCCCCGACUCGCGCCGAGCUGUCGGCCAACGCUUCCCUUGCCCUAACCCGCGUCUCCAACAACUCCACCAAGUCGCUCUCGCAAAAAGUCGACACGUUCCUCCCCGGAACCGAGUUCUUUGCCGAAAUGGCCCAGAACAUGUUCAAAGCGCACGCCAACUGGGUGAGCGGUGGCCUCGCCGGCCUCCCGGGUGACCAAUGGAGCGAGUUCGGCUUCAUGGUGAACUACCUGCGGGGCUCGCUCAACGACACGGCCUUCCUGGGCGCCAGCGCCCACUCCUACUGGGACGCCUUGUACGAAGGGAUGUACUUCUCCGCGUCAACGUGGAAGACCAUCGACGGCGGUCUCAACCGCUUGCCUUUAUCCUUCCACCCGCUCGUCGACAAGGCCACCACUCUGAACAGGCGCGUGGAGCGCGUGGCUUUCGACGCCGAAACCGAGAAAGUUACCCUCCACAGCCGUAGCAGCUACAAGGACGCGCUGGAGUCUUCGACGCACGACUACGCCGUCAUCGCCGCCCCUUUCUCCAUCGUCAAGAAGUGGCGCUUCUCGCCCGCCCUUGACCUGACGGCCCCCACGCUCGCUCACGCCAUCCAGAACCUCAACUACCAGUCCGCCUGCAAGGUAGCGCUCGAGUUCAAGACGCGUUUCUGGGAACAUUUGCCGUCGCCCAUCUACGGCUCGUGCUCCACCUCCUCCGACAUCCCGGGUAUCGGCUCCAUCUGCUACCCCUCCUACAACAUCAACGGCACCGACGGCCCGGCCUCCAUCAUCGGCUCCUACAUCUCCGGCCCGGACUGGGGCGACCGCUGGGUUUCCGUCCCGGAGGAGGAGCACGUGCAGUACGUGCUGGACGCCAUGGCGGAGAUCCACGGCGAGGAGCUGAUCAGGAGCCAAUACACGGGCAAGUUCAACAGGAAGUGCUGGGCAAUGGAUCCCCUGGAGAGCGCGGCGUGGGCUAGUCCGACUGUGGGGCAGCAUGAGCUUUACCUGCCCGAGUACUUCCAGACUAGGAACAACUUGGUGUUUGUGGGCGAGCAUACCAGCUAUACGCACGCGUGGAUCGCGUCGGCGCUGGAGAGCGGGAUUAGAGGGAGCGUGCAGUUGUUGUUGGAGCUCGGGCUGGUGGAUGAGGCUAAAGCGACGGUGGAUAAGUGGAUGGCUAGAUGGAUUGAUGUUUAA